AUGCCGAAUGACGCGUUUGAUCGAUUUAAUUCUUUAAUGCCUCGACGAGCAAUUUCGCAAAUGAACUUCAUGAAAGUUGCAAAAGUAAUCAUGGUGGGUCCUGACUCAACUGACGACGAAAUAAGGGAAGCAUUUCAUAUUUUAGAUGCUGAUGGUUCAGGUCAACUUGACGUGAAUGAAUUAGCCAAGGUGAUACCUGCUAUUAUGCCUAGUACAACUUUAGAUACUCUUCCUACAAUGAUUCGUCGUUAUGAUAAAAAUUAUGAUAAUCAACUCAAUUUGAAUGAAUUUACCAGACUUGUCAAGGGUGGUAUUGGGCGAAACAUUGUCUACAGAGACGUUAUUAUGAUGGAGUAUGAUUAG